AUGACCAACAGCUUCCAGACGGGAGUGCAAGUGUUUAUCCCCGCGGCGCUGAAUCGACCCACGCACACGCUCUACAGUAUCUGCAUGUUGGUGCAGCCAACGAAUCAGGAGUGGACCGUCAACCGCCGCUACUCGCAGUUCCUGCAGCUCCGGAAGGACAUUCAGCACACAUUAGCUGCCCAGAGCGCCUCGUGUGCAAACUGUGCGAGCUUCAGUCGUGCACUCAGCCACUUUCGCUUUCCAAGCAAGUCGCUUUUGCGGACGAAUUCCGUCGUCCGCCAUCGCGUCUCAUCGUUGCAAGACUUCCUCAAGCUGGUGGUAGGACGCGUGUACAACGACGUCCCCAAGUGCAGCACGUGCGGCCACGAGAUUCAGAGGAUGACGCGGCCGUUCCUCAUUCGAGGAGCACAGCCGAUCAAUGGAUCCAUUCUGUCCAAGAUCAACAAGUCCCUGUCGCUGGACUCCUAUGCUUUAGUAGACCAGCCAGUGGUGCCCGUGCCGGAUCCGACGCCGCCUCUUUCCCUCACGAUUGCGGGCAGGGAACUCUUUAGCGCCAGUAAAUCGUCCAGCAAACCCAUUUUCACACAUAGUCCGAGCUCACGUGGCAAGUCCAGCUUCUCGCACAGCAAGGUCAAGCUCAGCACUGCAUCGGAUGGUGCAUCUACCCAGCCGAACGAGUCGGAAGAUCCUAUCAUGGAUUACUCAGACAGCGAUGAGGAUGGCUAUUGCUAUGGCAAGAAGUACGACGAUCAGCUGUGCUACGAUGAAGGGGUGCCUCUUGAAGAUGCCAUGAAACAGGUCGUGUUGCCUGAUGGAGCUCGUGCAACGUGUGAAGAAGUUGUUGUCCGACUCACGACGAUGUGGGCCGCGUACCAUCUUGACGAGGCCCUUUCAUCGUUACCACCCGAGCGGCUUUCACAACAAGCCAAUUUUAUCGCGAUAGACGAGAAGGAGUACGCGUUUUGA